CUCCUCCUCCUUCUUGCAUCAUUUUAAUCGGCGCCAUGGAAGUAGGGCGCUCCCUUCUCCUCCAUUAUUCCUUCUUCGCCGUCUUCCUCCUCCUCUCUGCAUCCCUCCUCUACCUCAACCGUGCCUCCGAAGCCUCCUACCACCGCCUUCUCCUCGCCUCCGCCUCCGCUUCCCUUGCUCUGAUCUCCGUCCUCCUCGCUCGGUCGCGCCUCCUCCGUAUCCGAUCCGCCGGCACAAGCCUCCCCGUCCGAUGGUUCAUCGGGUCCGUCGAAGAGGACCCCGAGAGAUUCCCGAACACGCGGGGAAAGGUCGCGCGAGAGGGUGUGUUGCUCUUCGGCAAUGGGGAUGUCUACGAAGGGGAUUUGUCCGGGGGGCGGUGCCAUGGGGGAGGCGUGUAUUGCUUCUGCGAGAAGGGGCGGUACGAAGGCUGUUGGAUCGAUGGGAAGUACGAAGGGCACGGGAUCGAGAGCUGGGCCCGAGGGAGUCGGUACCGCGGGCAGUACCGUCAGGGUAUGCGGCACGGCUUCGGGGUGUACCGGUUCUACGACGGCGACAGCUAUGCCGGUGAGUGGGUCGGAGGAAAGAGCCAAGGAUGCGGAGUGCAGACUUGCUCCGACGGUAGUUGCUACGCCGGCGAGUUCAAGUGCGGGGUUAAGCACGGCCUCGGCCUGUAUCGCUUCAGGAAUGGUGACAAGUAUGCCGGCGAAUACUUUGGAGACAAAAUCCAUGGAUUCGGGGUGUACGACUUCGCCAAUGGUCACUGCUACGAAGGUUCAUGGCACGAGGGAAGGAGACAGGGCUUCGGAAGAUACACCUUCCGGAAUGGCGAAACACGGCCUGGUGAGUGGGACUAUGGCGUUUUGAAGAACAGCCUCUGCGCCUCAGAUCCUGCAGUCUGGCGAGCUGUUGAGGCUGCAAGGACGGCCGCAGAGAAGGCAACUAAAGUUCCUCAAGUGGAUGAACAAGUUAGGCAGGCUGUCUCAGCCGCAAACAAAUCCGCCACCGCCGCUCGAGUUGCGGCAGUGCGAGCCGUCCAGAACCAGAAGGAAGACAAAUUCUGUUGCAUUUUUGUAUAAGUUCAAACCUUGCAAUCGAAGAUUUUGCCAGGAACGACACAGACGUCUACCUGAUCCCAAUGGAGAAUGAGCUAUACGCUCCAGAAGCUGAGAGCAAACGUCAGAAUUAAUACACCAUUUAACACUGUAGAAAAGUCCAUAGGUUUGCAUCGAUCUCCAUCUGGUCAGCAUCUUCUGCUCCAUCCACUAAAGAAGAAGUAUUUUGUAGGAUAAUGUGACAAUGUGCUGGUUGUCAGUGUACUCCAAUCUGCAUUUGGAUUCUCACUGCAGUCACUGGAUGCUCAUUUGAUUUACUUUGCAGGCUUCUCUUCUCAGCAGACAGAUUUGCCUUUUUAUUUUUUUAAUUUUUUAUUUUAUCAAUUUACUGUAUGACUUGGAAACUUAGUAGGGUAACAUCUUGUUCUGUUGCAGAAUCUUGGAGCAAGCUCCAGCUACUCCCACCUGCAGGCUUUUCAUGUAGGCGUAGCACAUUUGUCUGGGCUAUUUUGGACGCCCCUUCUCUCCCCCGGCGCCAGGUGUGCUGCUCAACGCGCACGCAGAAGUCGGAGGGGAAAGAGAGGAACGGAUUGGUUGUCGACGACGACAGAGAAAAGCAAUGGCAGCUAGUGACAUUUUGAGAAGAAGAAAUAAAUGCAGUUUUCCAGUUUCGAACAAAAAAGGGAUUUUGUUAAGGGCGAAAGGGAGCGCCUUGUGGCGUCUAUAAGCAAUGAUGUUUGCUCACGCGGUCUUGAUGAGCCAGGCAGAAGAGGUCGAAGCGACUGAAGCUGUUGAUCCUCCGCUUCCUCUCGCCUGCUAGAAACCUCGCAUUACCAACAACAAAAACAAAAGAGGUUUUUUGGAAUAGUUCAUAGAAGAAUCGAAGAAUAGGUUGCGGAAAAAAGGACAUGAUGGUGGAGGAGCGGUGCUUCUUCAACAAGGACACACUUGUUGUCAAGGCACCAAAGAAAACACACAUUGCAUUGAAGAUGUUUAUGUUAGUUACUGUGACAAUAUGCGGCAUCUAUAUUUGCUCGGUAUGUACAAAGCAGAUAAGAAUGCAAAGCAGACCCAGAAUUUUGAAAUUUGAGAUAAUCAAACCACCUUGCAAGAAUUCUUCAGUAUCACAUCGAGAAUUCGCGUAUUUGCACUAUCCAUCACCAGUCACUCAUAGCAGGGAGGAAUGUGCAUGUACACCAGUUCAUUUUUUUUCUAUCGUGUCGAUGCAGAGGUCUGGAAGUGGGUGGUUCGAGACUCUCUUAAAUAGUCAUGUUAACAUUAGUUCUAAUGGGGAGAUCUUCUCUCCCAAAGAAAGGAGAACUAACAUAUCUACAAUCAUAAGGGCAUUGGACAAAGUGUAUAAUCUCGAUUGGUUUAGUAGUGCUUCGAAAAAUGAAUGCACUGCAGCUGCUGGCUUCAAGUGGAUGCUUAAUCAGGGUCUGAUGGACAAUUGCAUAAAAGUCAUCCAAUAUUUCAGGGAAAGAGGUGUCUCUGUAAUAUUCCUAUUCAGAAGGAACUUACUUCGUCGUUUAGUUUCACAGCUCGCAAAUGAUCAUGAUCGCAGUACUAAGCAACUAAAUGGAACACAUAAAGCUCAUGUACAUUCUGAAAAUGAGGCCAACAUUCUCGCAAUGUACAAGCCAAGGAUCAAUACCUCCGAGUUAAUCUCAAAUCUUAAAAAUGCUGAAAAGUUUGCGAGUGAUGCCUUGGAGCACUUCAACAAUAUCCGCCACAUCGUUCUGUACUACGAGGAUCUUUUGCAAAAUAGUACUAAGAUGAUGGAUGUCCUGGAGUUCCUCAAAGUACCUCACAGAAAACUAGUUAGUCGGCAUGUUAAGAUACACACAAAACCACUACCCAGUUUGAUCGAAAACUGGGAUGAAAUUUACACCAGUCUCAAAGGAACAGAGUAUGAGAGCUUCUUGAAAGCUGAUUAUGUUUCAUAGAUAAUCUUGCCUCUGCACGAAUUCCUGUUAGCCGGGUUUUCCACGGCAUGGUCAUGGCAAGAUUUUCUAUCAAGAGGCUCAAGACAGAAAGACACAAGAAACACUGAGUAGACUUCUUGCACACGGUUAUUCCAUGUUAAAGAUGGAUCAUUCCAACCUACAGAUCUUUUAUUUUAUUUGAAUAUAUAAUAUCUAUAUAUAGUUCAUUGUGUUUUUUAAUUUUAUUUUUUAUAUUAUUUCUCCUCAUAAAA